ACACUGACAAGGUACCAAGGUACAAAAAAUAUUCAAAAUCUAGUAGAUAAAUAAAUAACUUUUUAAAUAUAUUUUUAGUACUAGAUGUUGAAAAGAAAUCGAAUUAAAGGAUAUUAAAGGUGAUUUCUCUAAUUAGUUACCAUCCUGUUAAAUAUAAAGUAAAAAUGAGGAGUUGUACUGUUUCACUGUUAAAGAGAAUAACUAGUAUAGACACAAUAAGACAGUUGAGUACAAUGGCUAAAAGGAUAGCCGUGUGUCAGAUGACAUCAGUCGCAGACAAGGCAGCCAAUAUGAGUGUUGUCAGUCAGUUAGUUAGUGAUGCAGCAAAAGAAGAUGUUCAGAUGAUUUUUUUUCCUGAAGCCUGUGACUUCAUAUGUGACAAUAAACAGGAUACAUUAAAAUCAGCUGAAUCAAUAUUGAAUGGUAAUACAGUAAACUUAUAUAAACAAUUGGCAGUGCAACAUAAUGUAUGGAUGUCUAUGGGUGGACUACAUGAAAAGAAUGAGAAUGACCCAAACAAGUUGUUCAACACGCACAUAAUAAUCAACAAUAAAGGGGAGAUAGUCCAAACCUACAGAAAGCUUCAUCUCUUCGAUGUGGAGAUCCCGGAAAAGAAUGUCAGAUUGAAGGAGAGUGACUUCUGUACACCUGGGAGCCAUGUUGUUGCGCCCGUUGACACACCGGUGGGGAAGAUUGGUCUUGCAAUAUGCUACGACAUGCGUUUUCCGGAGCUGAGUACAUCUUUGAGUUUCAUGCGCGCUGAGAUACUGACCUUCCCUUCAGCAUUCACUUACGCCACUGGCUUGGCGCAUUGGCAUAUUAUAUUGAGGACGCGAGCAAUAGAAAACCAAUGUUAUGUGAUAGCAGCUGCCCAAACCGGAAGCCAUAAUGCUAAACGGCGGUCCUUUGGACAUGCUUUGUGUGUGGACCCGUGGGGCGAAGUCCUAGCUGACUGCGAGGACUCCACCCCUUGCUACAAGAUCGCGGAGAUUAGUACAGACAAACUAGUCGAUGUAAGGAGAAAUAUGCCCGUUUUUCAGCAUAGAAGACCAGACGUCUAUUCACUCUACACGCUCAGCGUGCGAAAUCAGAUGCUUCCAGAACAUUCUGGGGAGGCAAAGAAACCCAAAGAGACCCCGCCCGAGAACCAAACCCCGGCACCGUCCGGUGAAAUGAAUGUAUUCGGCCACGUUCGAGUCCCCGAGUCUUGCGUCUUCUUUAAGUCGCAUUUGACUUACGCUUUUGUUAAUCUCAGAUGUGUAAUACCAGGUCACGUGUUGGUGGCGCCGCUGCGGCUGGUCGAGAGGAAUAAAGAUUUGACUGACGAAGAGGCGGAAGAUUUCUACAAAACUGUCAUACUCAUACAGAAAUUGAUGGAAACUGUACAUAAGACGCAAUCGUGUACUGUCACAAUUCAAGAUGGCCCCGAUGCCGGACAAACGGUUAAGCAUCUGCACUGUCAUAUAAUGCCAAGGAAAAAGGGAGAUUUCAUUGAAAACGAUUUAAUUUAUUUGGAGCUGGCGAAACACGAUCAUUUAAAAUCUGGACACCCAUCUAAACCGGCGCGAUCGUUAGAGGAAAUGGAAAAGGAAGCCGCUAUGCUUAGAGAGGAGUUGAAUAAGAUGAAACAGAAUAGCUAGCUAGUGUAUAACAGUGAUAAGAGUUAUUGUAUAUUUGUAUAAAUAUUUGUUUAGGCUGUGGAUUGUUUUAACUUGCAUAAUCAUAAGUGAUACUCGUAAGUCGUAAUAUUAUGUACCUAAUAUUAUAUGUAUGCAUUUUAUAAUAUAAAGUUUAAGGAUA